GUUUCUAGACAUCUUCAUACUUAAACAUCUUUGAGUCUACUCUCCGUUAGUUCUGGUCUGUGGACGCGAGUAGUGUUCUGGGACUGUACGAGGGGCCUUCAAAAGGAAUUUUAAAUCAUGUCUGAAGCGGACUUUGAUAAGGCUGCAGAGGAGGUGAAGCAGCUGAAGGCUAAGCCAGCAGAUGGAGAGAUGCUCAGGGUCUACGCUCUGUUCAAACAGGCCAAAGUGGGCGACGUCAACACCGCUCGUCCUGGGAUGCUGGAUUUCACUGGGAAAGCCAAGUGGGACGCCUGGGAGAAAGAGAAAGGAAAGAGCAAAGAGGAUGCCAGGAAGGAGUACAUUGCCUUGGUAGAGGAGCUGAAAGGGAAGUACGGAGUCUAAGAACUGACUGACUGACCAGGCCGACCGCUGGCAGUGUAGAACCAUGACCUCUGUGGUCAGCCCACACCUUGUCCCUGUGAAGUGCCUUAAUCCCAAGGAGUAUGCCCUUUUCUGGGGCAAAUACAUAUGUCAAAUACUUUGUAAUUCUAGAGGUGCACUUGGUUUAGCAGAGGUGCGUGCAGGGUGGUUGGAGUUUGCACUUUUUGGACUAUUCAAAUGGUUCCAUUGUACUGAACUACCUAAAUCAAGAGCACCUCAAUUGACAUAUGUGUUUUACCCAGGAAUGUUUGCUACUGUGUAUUGCAUGUGAAUGCUGAAUGCCUAGUGUGGACCGCCUAUGGUCACACUGAGAAUACAGGACCAACAAGCCACCGCUACGGACAGAGACAAACCGUCCUCCACCAGCAACUUUCUAGUGAAUGUUCUCAACUGGUUGUUCAGCCCACAACCUCCAUAAAGUCUAAAUUUGUUUUAACA